AUGUCGCUAAGUCACUUGACGCUAGAUCAAUAUUAUGAGAUACAGAGUAAUGAACUGGAGGCUAUCAGAUCCAUAUACAUGGACGAUUUCGUCGAUUUGACAAGAAAGAAAUCUGGAUGGGAUAAACAGCCACAAAUAAUAUUCGAAAUAUCGCUUAGAUCUGGGGAGAAAGAUCCUGUUGAGUCGUCAUUGACUCUGCAUAUUGCCUUAACACCUAUGUACCCGCAUACAACGCCAGAAAUCACUUUCAAGAAUGUCGAGAACGUGCUCGAUUCUCAAUUGCAGUCGCUGGUUGACGAAUACAAAAAAAUCCACAGAGGUGCAAGGGGACAGGAGUUCAUAUUCGACAUAGCCACCUCUACACAGGAGAAGUUGGAUGAGUUUCAACGAGGAGCGAAUCCACAAUCGUUGGAGGACGACCGACUACAAAGGAUCAAGGAGACUACGGAAAAAUUGGAGAGGGAGGAGAUGGAGAGUCAACGGCAGAUUGAGAAGUUGAAGAUUUCAGAGCAGCAACGAAUUGACGAGAUUGUACAGAAGGAAUUGGAGAAGAGGCAAGACGAUGAUGACAUGUUUUUCAACUCGGGAAACCAAAUUAACUUCCUCCCGCCAAAUGAAUGGAUAUCUUCCGGCGAGGCCAUCGUGUUCCCAAAAAUCAUCAAGGCGAAGCUUCCCAAUAAUUCCCUCUUAAAAUUCAAGGCCGUUGUGAACCCAAAGGAGGUGAAAAUCUCGUCUGACCUUUUAUGUUUUGCUAAACAGUACUUGGUGAAGCCGUACAUAUCUCCGGAUUCUCCUUUAGCAGAGUCUUUAAUGUCCUCGGAAGUUAUGGAAAAUUUCUACUUUCUGAUGACAGAGGUAGAGCUGGACAACUCGUACUUCAAUACAAGCAACGGUAAGAAGGAAAUAUCCCAUUUUGAAAAGAUACUAGAUAGCUUGUUAAAAGUUAAACACGACAAUGUCAAUCAACUUUACGGGUACCUUGUUGAGCGAAUGGGGAAAAACAAUUCCACCUUCGUGUGGAAGAUCAAAUUUUUAUCCGAAUAUUCGAUGUCUUACCCGUUGGGCGAUAUUGUACAAUCCGUUGGCUUCAUUAAUUUAGCCACCGCCAGAAUUUGGAUGAUUAGACUCUUAGAAGGUUUAGAGGCUUUACACAAACUGGGCGUACAUCAUGCCUGCAUUGGACUUCAAACAGUGUAUUUGGUAAAAGAUCCUGAUUUUGGGACAACGAUUCCAAAGAUUGUCUACCCAGAAUACGGAUACAUGUUAGUAAACAUGCUGACGAGGUACCCAAACAGGCACGGCACACAGGUAGAGUUACCGUCUAAUCCGUGGACUGCUCCAGAAAGUUCCAACUACAAAAAUACAAAAUCUCAAAGAAUGACUGAUAUUUGGCAAUUGGGGGUCCUCUUCAUUCAAAUGAUAAAUGGGGUCAAUACGGUUCUAGACUAUUCAACACCUCUUGAUUUUAUGGAAUCAAACGACAUGGAGAGUAGUCUAUCAGAUUUCUUGGAGAAAAUGCUAAACGUGGAUCCAAAAAGAAGACUAGGACCCCUUGAACUAUUACCCAUGAAAUUUCUCAGAACAAAUAUAGAUAGCGAUGUUAAUAAGUUGAAUCUAUUACCUGGCACGUCGAGCACAGAGUUAAAUUCCAUGGACAUACCGAGAAGCACCCCUCGAGCAUUAUCGCAUUCCAGCUCAGGUAGGAGAUCGUUUAAUGUUGGAUCAAGGUUCUCAUCCAUGAAUCGAUCUAGUAGGUCAAGAUACGCGACAGACUUUGAAGAGAUAGCUGUGCUGGGGAAAGGGGCCUUUGGACAGGUGGUCAAAGCGCGAAACACACUGGACAGCAGGUAUUAUGCCGUCAAGAAAAUUCGACACACAGAAGAGAAGCUAUCCACAAUUUUGAGCGAAGUGAUGCUAUUGGCAAGCUUAAAUCACCAGUAUGUUGUCAGGUAUUACGCUGCCUGGCUCGAAGAAGACUAUUUGAACGAAAACGUUAUAGAUUCAAGUGAUGAAGAUGACACUGAAGAUGACACUGAAGAAGCAUCUGUCACUGCAUCUGCAAGCUAUUCUGAGAGUAUGAGAAGUAAACAGCCCCUGCAUAACAGUAAUUGGGAUUUUAUCUCUAAUUCAGGAUACCCCGAAAUAGAAUUUGGCAACAGCUCUACUGGUCCAAAUAUAACAGGUUCAGGUGUAUCUGACGGCAUUGUGUUCGAAAAUUCCACCGAGGAGGGCGGAGUUGGAAAUACAGAGGACUCAAAUUCUGAGGAUGAAAAAGAUUCCCCAGGCCUGCGAGUGGGGAAACAGAAAAAGAAUAGCACCUUCAGGAAAAGUGUGGGUAAUAGAAAAAGUAUUCUUUUUAUACAAAUGGAAUACUGUGAAAAUCGAACACUGUAUGAUUUGAUACAUGCUGAAAACCUGAAUAAUGAACGCGAUGGAUAUUGGAGAUUAUUUCGACAGAUAUUAGAGGCUCUGAGCUACAUCCAUUCCCAGGGGAUCAUUCAUAGAGACUUGAAGCCAAUGAAUAUUUUCAUUGAUGAGUCAAGGAAUGUGAAAAUAGGUGACUUCGGUUUAGCGAAAAAUGUCCAACGUCCUCUUGAUAUCUCAAAACUGGAUUCGGCCACUGCUCAACGGAGUACUGAUAACUUAACGUCUGCCAUUGGUACCGCUCUGUACGUUGCGGUUGAAGUACUUUCGGGGAAAGGAAACUACAACGAAAAGAUCGAUAUGUACUCUCUGGGUAUCAUUUUCUUUGAGAUGGUGUACCCUUUCAGUACGGGUAUGGAGCGGGUUAAUAUACUAAAAAAUCUUAGAUCCCCUACUGUAGAGUUUCCUCGCGACUUUGACGACACUAAGAUGAAAACAGAACGAAAAAUAAUUACGUUGCUGCUAGACCAUGACCCAAACAAGCGGCCUGCUGCAAGGGCAUUAUUAAAUAGUGGGUGGUUACCCGUCAAGCACCAGGAUGAAGUUAUUAAGGAAGCAUUGAAAAGUUUGUCCAAUCCGUCUUCGCCUUGGCAACAGCAAGUCAGAGACAGUUUGUUCACUCAGUCAUACAGUUUAUCCAACGACAUACUGUUUGACAAUGUUCAGAGUGCUACUACAAGAUUUACUCAGGUAUUGAGAUCGCAGAUGACUGAGGAAGUCGUCAAGAUCUUCAGAAAGCAUGGUGGGAUAGAAAAUAAUGCACCGUCCAGAAUUUUUCCCAAAGCACCAAUUUACAGUACGCAAAAUGUUUAUGAAGUGUUGGACCAUGGAGGUUCCGUAUUGCAGCUUCAAUAUGACUUAACUUACCCAAUGGCGAGGUAUUUGUCCAAGAACCCUCCUUGCGUCUCGAAGCAAUUUCGCCUCCAAUUUGUGUACCGUCCUCCCGAGCAGCUGAAAUCUAGCAUGGAACCAAGAAAGUUUGGUGAAAUUGAUUUUGACAUUGUUUCAAGUUCCUCAGCACAGUCACCUUUCUACGAUGCGGAGAGUAUAAAAAUUAUUGACGAGAUUUUAACCACAUUCCCCGUUUUUGAAAAAGGAAACACCCUAUUUGUUCUUAACCAUGCCGAUAUAUUGGAGUCUGUCUUUGACUUCAGCAAUAUUGACAAAGCCCAAAGACCUCUAAUUUCCAGAAUGCUGUCUCAGAUCGGUUUUGCCAAAAGUUUCAAGGAAGUGAAAGCAGAGUUGAAAUCACAGCUAAACAUUCCAUCGAUAUCAUUAAAUGACUUAGACUUGUUUGACUUCAAACUCGAUUUUGAAACUGCAAAGAGACGAUUUCAUAAAGUAAUGGUAGACAGUCCAUAUCUGAGAAAGAUCGACGAGUCCUUGGUUCACAUCUCAAAGGUUCUUAAUUUUUUGAAACCGUUAGAUGUGACGAGAAAUGUUGUAAUUUCGCCGUUGAGUAACUACAACAGUGCUUUUUACAAGGGUGGUAUUAUGUAUCAAGCAGUGUAUGAUGACGGCUCAAAUAGGAGUCUGAUCGCCGCUGGUGGGAGGUAUGACAACUUGAUAUCAUAUUUUGCAAGACCCUCAGGCAGCAAACGUUCCAGUACUAAGCGUGCAGUUGGAUUCAAUCUUGCCUGGGAGACCAUCUUUGGUGUUGCGCAAAGCUACUUCAAGCUGGCAUCUGGAAAUAAGGUCAAGAAAAGAAAUAAGUUUUUGAAAGAUGGCGCCAUUGAAUGGAAACCGAGAAGAUGUGAUAUUCUUAUAUCAAGCUUUUCAAAUUCGAUUCUGGAAACCAUGGGUGUCCCAAUGCUGAAUCAGUUGUGGAAGAUUGGAAUCAAAGCGGAUCUUCUAUUUGAUUGCUAUACAGUUGACGAUGUUGUAUCAGCUGCCAAACACGACGGGGUAGACUGGAUCGUUUUAAUCAAGCAGCAAACCUACACACUUUCCAAUCACAAGAGGAAAUAUAAGCCGUUAAAGGUGAAGAAAAUGAGUAGUGAUUUGGACGUGGAUUUGGAUAUUCAUGAAUUUCUACAGCUUUACGAACAUGAAACGGAGGGUAGCGGGUCUUUCAACGUGGGGAUGGCACUCCCAGAUAAGCAUGACGAGUUUGGUUAUGGUGAAGACGGAAGUAGUGCCAGCAGUAGUCAUGAAGGUGAUCCCCAGAAUGAAGAACCAACAAAGUCAAACCAAAAAGUUAUCUACGUUCCAAACAUGGCUACGCGGUCGAAGAAAGCGAACAAAAGAGAGAAGUGGGUAUAUGAAGACUCUGCGAGAAAUGCAUCAAACGCCAUCAUAAACAGUUUGACUCAAGCACCCGUAAUAACAGUAGAUGCCAUUAGAGACGAAACACUGGAAAUUAUUUCGAUCACGUCCCUUGCACAAAAAGAGGAAUGGCUCAGAAAAGUAUUUGGUUCUGUCAAUAAUUCUUCGCCCAGAAGUUUUGCUACCAGCAUCUAUAACAGUCUAUCCAAAGAGGCUGCGAAAGGGAAUAAAUGGGCCAUUUUACAUUGUCAUAAAACAGGUAAGUCAUGUGUGAUUGACUUACAAAGGUGA